AUGGUGAGCGCGCGGCGGGGCUGCGGGUCUCGCGGGGUGGGCGCGGGAGGCGAUCCGGAUGGCGACCCGGGCCUUGCGGGGCCUGGGGCGGCCUCUAGGGGCGGCCCGGUUGUGCCCCCGGGGUCCCACGUGCCGGCCGCGGGGGAUGGGACGGAAGCUGAUGUGAAUCCGAAGGCCUACCCCCUUGCAGACGCCCACCUUACUAAGAAGCUACUGGACCUCGUGCAGCAGUCCUGUAACUACAAGCAACUUCGGAAAGGAGCCAAUGAGGCCACCAAGACACUCAACAGAGGCAUCUCAGAGUUCAUUGUGAUGGCGGCGGACGCCGAGCCCCUGGAGAUCAUCCUGCACCUCCCGCUGCUGUGUGAGGACAAGAACGUGCCCUACGUGUUCGUACGCUCCAAGCAGGCGCUGGGCAGGGCUUGCGGUGUGUCUCGGCCUGUCAUCGCCUGCUCCGUGACAGUGAAGGAGGGCUCCCAGCUGAAGCAGCAGAUCCAGUCCAUUCAGCAGUCCAUCGAGCGGCUGCUCGUGUGACCCGCACCUCCACACGCUUCCCCCACCCUGUUAGUAUGUAGGGUUUCCAUCUACUUUAUUAUAAAAUAUUGUUGUACACAC